UCGGCGCCUCCUCCUCGUUUCUCUCCGCGUUUCUCAGCAGCAGUCGGACUCUCCAUCUCUGCAUCCGGAGCUGCACUGCUGUCGGAUAUUUCCUCCUCAGCUCUGCUUUUACACUCGACCGUUUCUCAGAUGCUGCUCAGUGAACCGAACCGCCGGAUUUCUCCCUCUUGAGUAUGAGAGGGACCGAUGACCCAUCCGCACAGCAGAACCAGAGCCAGCAGCAUGAGCCGCGCCGCCGGACCCGGAGCCUCAACAUAACUUUAAAGCAGCGCGGAGCGUCAGAUUCCCGACACACGGGUGAAGCAAUUUCAGGUCUCCACAGAAUGGAGCGAGAAUGAGCAGAGAGCGGUUGAGAGUGAAGCAUGAACUGGAGGCUCAUUGAAGUCACUUACUUUCUGUUUAUAUGGGACCAUAUAACAGUUCAGUCUUCCCGCCAAGAGCCCUCGGCCAACGAGCAGCAUGUUGCUAAGCAGUUUGAUUGGCUCAUCUCUGACCGUGGCCCUUUCCACCACUCGAAGGGGUACCUCUCCUUCAUGGAAAGAUUUCGCCAAGGAUUCACGACCCGGUAUAAAAUUUAUAGGGAGUUUGCACGUUGGAAGGUGAGGAACACGGCCAUCGAGAGGCGGGAUCUGAUCCGGAAUCCUCUGCCCUUGAUGCCGGAGUUCCAGCGCAGCAUGCGGAUGCUCGGACGACGGCCGUCCACGCAACAGUUCAUCGACACCAUCAUCAAGAAAUAUGGGACGCACAUCUUGAUCUCAGCCACGCUGGGAGGUGAGGAAGCUCUCACCAUGUACAUGGCCAAGAACAAGCUGGACCGGAAGAUGGUCAACGCCACCCAAGGAGUCGAGGCACUGCACCAGCUCGCCUCCUCAUACUUCAUCGACCGCGACGGCACUAUGCGCAAACUCCACGAGAUACAGAUCUCCAGCAACUCCAUCAAGGUGACGGAGACGCGGACGGGUCCACUCGGCUGCAGCACGUAUGAUAAUCUGGACUCGGUCAGUUCUGUGCUUCUUCAGAGCCCAGAGAGCAAACUCCAUCUGCAGG